AUGGACAGGAAAACCAGCAUGGACUCCCCAUACUCCUCCACCUCCACCUCCACCCCAACUUUCCACCCCUUCCCCUUCCUCCCUCUCGAACUGCGUCUCCAAAUCUGGGAAUCCCUAAUCACCCCGCGCACCAUCCACCUCCGCGUCGCCACCUUCUGGCGCACCUUGACCCCCGUCUACAGAUUACUCGUCGCCCCCGCGCCGUCGUCGUCCUCGUCCUCAAUACCACCAUCACCACCUUCAUUCCUCCAAUCUCUCCUGCUCACAUGCCAUGAAUCCCGCGCGGUCGCACUGAAUUUCUACCAAAAGGCUUUCUCAGAAUGGGACACGGACCGCUGCGGUUACGGUUACGGUUACGGCAAUCCUCCCCGUCCGCGUCCGGCUCAUGCUACCUCUAGGUAUCAUUGGGUGAAUUGGGACUUGGAUAUGAUUGAUAUCGGCCGGUCAGAAGGGGGGAUCUGUUACGUGGAGCGAUAUGCGAGGCUGAUACGGAGGUUGAGGAAGGAGUGUGAUCGGACAACGACGGUGGGGAGGCAGGAGUUUAGGGAGGUGAGGGACUGGUUAAUGAAUAUGAAUAUAAAGGUGGCAGGGGAGAUUGGGGAGUGCCCCUGGGCGAAGUUGAGGGAGGUUGAGGUGGGUGUGAAGGAUGAUGCGUGGUUUCCUGAGAGUUGGAGAGGGGAUGGCGCGUUUGUGGAUGGGUGGAAGGUGGAGGUGAGGGGUUGGGAGGAUGGGAGGGGGUAUACUCUAGUUAUGGAGAGGAUGGACUAA